UCAGAAAGCAACUUGCCGGCUGAUCGAUGCUGCUCAAGUUGCUCAUGGUGCCGACAGGUUGCUUCUGCAUGUAUUGAUACAUAUAUAGCCAUGCCAAGAUUCGAUUUUUAGCUAGGCAGAGGAGACAGGAGAGCUAGAGAGCCAGAGAGACCGAUGGGAAGGCGUUGCGGCGGCGGCGGCGGCGGCCGCCAUGGCCGGCGGCAGCUCGUCUGGGUGGUGCUCGCGUGUUCAUGGGUUGCAGCAGCUCAGGCUCAGGCUCAGCAAGCACCAAGAACCGAUCCGGUCGAAGUGGCGGCGCUGAACGCGAUUCUGGGGAGAUGGGGCACGAGCCCGCCCACGACGUGGAACACCACCGGCGACCCUUGCAGCGGCACCGCCGUCGACGACACCAACAUCGACAGCAGCCAGACCAUCAACCCGGGCAUCAAGUGCGAGUGCUCCUACGAGAACAACACCGUCUGCCAUAUCAACAAGCUGAGGGUGUAUUCGUUGGAUGUCGCUGGUCCGAUACCUGCAGAGCUGGAGAACCUCACCUAUCUAGCCAAUCUGAAUCUGCAGCAAAAUUGCUUGACAGGUCCUGUUCCAUCGUUCAUCGGAAAAUUUCCUAUGCAAUACUUAACCUUGUCAAUCAACUCACUAUCUGGACCACUUCCAAAGGAACUUGGAAAUCUCACAGAUCUCCGCUCAUUAGGCAUUGGCUCGAACAAUUUUACCGGUGAACUUCCUGAAGAACUGGGCAACUUGACAAAACUCACCCAACUGUACAUUGAUAGUUCUGGCGUCAGCGGUCCAAUCCCUUUGACGUUCUCAAAGCUUAAGAACCUGGAGACCCUUUGGGCAUCGGACAAUGAUUUCACAGGGAGAAUACCUGAUUAUAUAGGGAGCUUCACAAAUUUGAAAGAACUGAGGUUUCAAGGAAAUUCUUUUCAAGGCCCAAUUCCGGCAAGUUUUUCCAACUUAACCAACUUGACAAGCCUACGGAUUGGUGAUAUCGUAAGCAGGAGCUCUUCAUUGGCCUUUGUCAGUAACCUAACGUCUUUAAGUAUCCUAAUAUUGAGGAACUGCAAGAUAUCUGAUAAUCUUGGGACAGUAAAUUUUUCUAAGCUGUCUGGAUUAACCUUGCUGGACUUGAGCUUUAACAAUAUCACAGGUCAAAUUCCUCAGUCGAUCCUCAAUCUGGACAAGCUUGCAUACUUGUUUCUCGGGAACAAUAGCCUUACAGGAAAUCUACCAGCAGUGAAAAGCUCCUCACUAAACAAUUUAGAUUUUUCAUACAACCAACUCACGGGAAGCUUUCCUUCAUGGGCUACCCAGAACAAUCUGCAAUUGAAUUUGGUGGCAAACAAAUUCUAUUUUAAUAGCAACAACAAUAGUAUUCUACCGUCAGGAUUAAACUGUCUCCAGCAGGACACUCCCUGUUUCCUUGGUUCUCCAGAAUACUAUUCCUUUGCGGUAGACUGUGGAAGUAAUAGAUCUAGGAGAGGCUUAGAUAACACAAUCUAUGAAGUAGAUCCUACAAAUAUUGGAGCAGCAUCGUAUUAUGUUACCAAGGAAACAAGAUGGGGUGUCAGCAAUGUAGGAAGAUUCAAUGAUGCUCCAAACGGAAGCUAUCUAAUAUCAAGCCCCCAGCAGUUUCAAAAUGCAAAUGAUCCAGAACUGUUCCAAACUGCGAGGAUGUCACCGUCAUCAUUGAGAUAUUAUGGCCUAGGACUUGAGAAUGGAAAUUACACUGUUCUUCUUCAAUUUGCAGAGUUUGCUUAUCCAGACUCAAAAACUUGGCAGAGCAAUGGAAGGAGAGUUUUUGACAUAUAUGUCCAGGGUGAUCUGAAAGAAAAGAAUUUUGAUGUAAGGAAAACAGCAGGUGGAAAAUCUUUUACUGCAGUUAACAAAAUAUACAACACAACUGUGUCGAAGAACUUCCUUGAGAUACAUCUCUUUUGGGCUGGCAAGGGAACUUGUUGCAUUCCCACUCAAGGUUACUAUGGACCGAUAAUCUCUGCACUAAGUGUGACACCAAAUUUUACUCCCACCGUGAGAAAUGGAGUUCCAAAAAAGAAAAGUAAAGUAGGUGCAAUUGUCGGAAUAGUGAUUGGUGCAUCAGUUUUAGGGGCAGCAACCUUGGUUGGAAUCUUUCUGUUCAUGAAGAAGAGAAGAAAAGAAGCACAACAGCAAGAAGAACUGUACAACCUGGCUGGGAGGCCUAAUAUUUUCAGUAACACUGAACUGAAGUUAGCUACAGAGAAUUUCAGUUCUCACAACAUGGUUGGAGAAGGCGGAUAUGGCCCAGUCUAUAAGGGCAAGCUACCUGAUGGAAGAGUUGUAGCCGUCAAACAACUUUCUCAAUCAUCUCAUCAGGGGAAAAGUGAGUUUGUGACAGAAGUUGCUACAAUUUCGGCAGUGCAACACCGGAACCUUGUGAAAUUGCAUGGCUGUUGUAUUGAUAGUAGCAUGCCCUUGUUGGUAUAUGAGUACCUUGAAAAUGGAAGCCUGGACAGAGCACUCUUUGGGAGCAAAAGCUUGAAUCUAGACUGGCCGACACGCUUUGAGAUCAUUUUAGGUAUUGCAAGAGGCCUGACUUACCUUCAUGAAGAGUCCAACGUUCGCAUCGUGCAUAGGGACAUCAAAGCCAGCAAUGUCUUACUUGACACAGAUCUCACCCCCAAGAUCUCUGAUUUUGGACUUGCCAAACUCUAUGAUGAGAAGAAGACCCAUAUCAGCACAAAAAUCGCAGGCACCCUUGGCUACCUAGCACCUGAGUAUGCCAUGAGAGGCCACCUGACUGAAAAAGCUGAUGUUUUUGCAUUUGGGGUAGUCGCAUUGGAGACUGUUGCUGGUCGACCAAACACUGACAACUCCCUCGAAGAAGAUAAGAUCUAUCUCUUUGAAUGGGCAUGGGUGCUGUAUGAGAGGAAUCAAGCACUCGGGAUCGUAGACCUGAAACUCAAGGAAUUCAAUGACAAGGAAGCCUUCAGAGUCAUCUGUGCUGCACUCCUUUGUACUCAAGGGUCACCGCACAAGCGACCAUCGAUGUCCAGGGUCAUGGCAAUUCUUACCGGAGAUAUUGAGGUCACUGAGGUAGUGACGAAGCCAAGCUACAUCACUGAAUGGCAGCUCAGAGGAGGGGACACUAGCUAUGCCACCAGCUCCUACUACUCUGAAUCUACAACUGGUGAGUUCAGGGAGAGGAGGGAGACCUCCCCUCUCCACUCGUCUCUGGAGAUAACUGGAGGCAUUGAUGAAGGAAGGUGAAUACAGAGAUGCUAACAACCACUGUCCUUUGUUUAAAGCGACAAUUUUGGACAUUAUAAGUUGCAAAGAAAAAAAAUACAGAAUUAUCUGUUCUGAUUUUUGCCCCAUGAUGAUAAGCAUUACUGCAUAUAAUUUGUAAACUUGAACAAUUGUAUGUUGGGUUGUUUUAUUUAAUGAAAGUGUUAACAUGAUUUUUAACACAUUUAG